GCGCUAGAGAAAGAGGGAGGAGACUGCGGCGCAGCAGCGACUAGUGGGAGUCCGAGGUGGCGGAGGGGCUGCGGCCGCCGCCACCGCCACCGCCGCCGCCACCGCCUACAGGAAGGCGGAGGACGCAGGAGCCAAGAGCUAGGGACGCCGCCACGGUUCUCUUCGCCUGCUCCGCCGCCCUAUUAGAGACACUCUUUGCCUACGGAUCGUCCUCUCCCAGCUUUUGCAAGCACUGGGCUGCUCGCCCGCUGAUAUUCCUUCUCCAUAGGCUCACUGCGGAGGCAAGGCGAGGUGUCCGAUUUGGGCACCUGAGGCCCGCAAUUCGGGAUGGUGGGGAAUCUGUGCCUCCUGGCCGGGUAGUGUUGGAAGCAGGGAGAGGGGAAUGGGGAAAUGCUUCCCAUUUCAGCGAACCGCAGAUCUCUUGCUUUAGUUUAGCGAAACUGAGCUGGGGAGUAAGGUUACUGCAGGCACUCAGCGAGGGUGCCUUGAUUUCCAGCUUUGCUAGGUAGCUUUCGAUAAAAACAGGCGUGGGUGUACGGGGUGCGCAGAUUAGGAGAAAAAGCUCUCCGUGUUACGCAUUGAUUUUUGUUAAUUUCCUUUCUCGGUCCACCUGGCAACUGUGCUCCUCCCUGCAGGCAUGAAGACCCCGUUUGGAAAGGCAGCUGCAGGGCACCGGUCCAGGACAGGCGCUGGACACAGCAGUGUGUCUGUUACCAUGAUGAAGAGGAAGGCUGCACACAAGAAGCAUAGGAGCCGACCCACCUCCCAGCCUCAGAGGAACAUCGUGGGCUGCAGAAUUCAGCACGGAUGGAAAGAUGGAGAUGAACCUCUAACACAGUGGAAGGGAACCGUUCUGGAUCAGCUCUUAGAUGAUUAUAAAGACGGUGACCUCCGCAUCCUUCAAGAUUCCAAUGAUUCUCCUCCGGCAGAGAGGGAGCCAGGAGAAGUCAUAGACAGCCUGGUAGGCAAACAGGUGGAAUAUGCCAAAGACGAUGGCUCCAAGAGAACUGGCAUGGUCAUUCAUCAGGUAGAAGCAAAACCCUCUGUGUAUUUCAUCAAAUUUGAUGAUGAUUUCCAUAUCUAUGUCUACGAUUUGGUAAAAACAUCUUAAAGGUCAUGUUGAAAUUUGCCAAAUAUAUGAGACGCUAAAUCUGUAGACACAAAAAGUCUUGAUUGCUUUCCAGUUUGUAAGAACCAUCUUCUCCCUUUUUGCACGUUUUGCUUGGCAAAAAAUUGGAACUUCUGCCCUCUCAUAUGUUUUUGGAAGAAACCUUUUGCCCAUCUGUCCAAUCUUUGCACUGGUUCCUCUCUGCAGUUUAACUGAUUUAACUGAUUAGUGAGAAGGGUAAAGCCUGACAUCCAUUGGCUCAUACUUUUUUUAUAUUGGGUGGUGUUAAUAGAUUAAAGGUAGCUGAACACCUCUCACCUCAGUCUUUUUGGCACUUGGACUCUACCCUCAUUGAGGUGUGAAGCUUGCUGAGAUACCCCAUGUGACUGGCUGGGUAAGUGUCUUUGCAAUCUCAAAUCUUUCCCAGGUAGCUUCAAAAAUCUAACUUGGGAAAGAGUGGGAAACGCAUUUUGGUCUCUUGUUCAAGUUGCAUUCUCAAUUCUAACUGUACUAAAAGUAAGGCUAACAUCUUGCUCCCUUUCUGGUUCUUUCACCUAUUGCUCAACUGUUCUAGAAUUAAUAAGGUAAUUACUUUGCAUUUUAGUACCUAAGCAUAGGCUGAGAAACCGUGCAAAACUGAUAAGAAGACAAGCAUUUGGGGACCAAACUCCAAGUGGAGAGAUCAAGAUUUCCGGUAAAACUUAAGUGAAAGGUUUUAGUCAUCAGUGGCAUUAGGAUCUCUCCUCUCGUCUGCAAUAGCUCUGCAGACAUGGUGUGUGUUUUAACUGAUACAAGCUGUGCAGGCAGACCUUAGCACAAGUGGUCUUUUUCAGCCCAGAGGAGCAUUAAGCCAGGCUCUAGCUAGAGUCCUCAGUCACAGGGACACUCUUUGUCACAGGGCAAAGGCUGGGCUUGGCAAGAUCUGUCGAGAACCUAGAAAUGAAAGAGCAGAAACCUAGAAUCAAGCUGAGAUACAGAUUUCUUUGCUGUGCUAAGAGAGACUCAGAAGUUUUAGAUUUUAUUCUUGGGAGACUUCAAAGUCCCAACAUAUGAGGUGGGCAAGGCACUUGUGAGAACCAAGAAAGGCUGAAAGCAGACUAUGCUUCCUUGCAGAGACUGGUGGGCUCAUCUAUUAUGGUAUCCCAGCAGGACUUGGGACACAGUCAGUGGUAGGUAAUCUGUAGGCUUAAUGAUGUUUUAAGUGCUGGCAUUGGUAGAAAUCUAAUAGAUUUUUGUUAUCGUUUUGAUUUUUAAGUCUAUCCUGUUUCUUGGCUGGCCCUAAGAAACUCAUAUGCAGAUAGGGGUGAGUUCUACUACGGCAGAAAAGUAAAAAUGGAAGGGCCUUUGAGCUUUCCAUUAUUAAAGAGGCAUUGGUGGAGGUUAACCAAAGCCUAGGAAAGAAAAGCUGAAAUACAAGCAUGGUUUUUGAGAGAAGCACCUGGUCAAAACCAAUGCUUUCCCAUUGGGGCUCUCACAGAAGCUCCAUUAGCAGUAACAGCCUAAUAAGGCCAUGGACUUCUGCACAUUUGGGGCUGGGACUCAAGGCAGUAUAAUCAUACUGGGAUUGUACUGCAAGAUAUCUUCCAAAUUAGUUUAAGUUCACAGGUCAUGGAGUCCAGACUACCGGCACAGAUUGGCAUCCUGCUGAGGAUGAAACAAAGAAGAUAUUGUCUUUUCUCCUAUGUUUUAUCUGUCUACUUUUUCCUUUUUGAUGCCACUAAGUCUCUACUAUGAUGUUUCACUGACAACAGCAAUGUGGGUCUGUAUUGCCCUAUGUACUAAGUCCUGGGGUCAUACAUUUGCUUAAAAAAACUGUUCUAGUGGCUGGGAACUAGUGUGCUUCUAAUUUUUUUGAUGUCAGGUUGAUACUGUGAUAAUCUUAUGUCUUAUUGACCCUUUGGACUCUUAAAUAUGUAUGACAUGCAAUUGUGGGGUUAGAUUAAUUCAACUCCUGAGGUCCUGAAGGAACUACACCCAGUCAAGAGGAAGACAGCCAAGGCUGGAGCUGCUGAAGCAACCCCAUAUCUGGGCAGACAUCUUUGUAAGAUCUGUAUGGCUGAAAUGAGAAAAACGAGAAAUUGGGAAAGGCAGAAUUUUGGACUUUAAAUCUUUUGGACUUUGAAUUAGAAAUUUAAUUUGGGGUAGUCAUUUUCCCCUGGGAGUUUAAUAGUUGACGGGGUGGGGGUGAGGUCAUAUAGUUCAAACUAAGGCAUUUUCAUUAUGUUGAUGUUGUAUUAUUUGAAGUUUUUUAAUGCUACCUUUGGGAGUCAUUGUAUAAUUGUUGUCAGCUAUGUCAGGAAAUAUGGCUGGACAUAAUUGUAAAUUAGGGCUAAAAUUCUGAUCAUAUUUUCAGCCUAGGGUAUAAUGUAGCCUUGGAGUUAAUUUAAUUACUGUCCUAUUUUUGACUUAUUUUAGAGCCUCCUGGGGGCAAAAACAGAACUGCUCACCAAUCUUACAUUGAUGGGAGCAGAACUUUUCUAAGAUACUGUUGGUCUCCCCAGAAGGAGACAGCCACAGCCCUGUUUAUUGACCAGAGUCUUGAGUGUUAACCAUUGUGGCUUAAGACAAUAAAAUGUACAAGGGUGUAGGGGAUCUAUCCUUUUCCUCUCUCCAUGCUCCUGACUCAAGAAAAAGAAAAGAUUUGCAUCUCUCAAAAAUGUUUGGAAGAAAGUUUCCACUCACCUUCUCUUGCCACUCAUUCAGUCUUAUGCAUGGGAGGAGGAAUAACUUGAUGAGAUUGAGAAAAUGGUUAUAAUGGAUAGGCAGCUUAGGCCACUCUUGGAUCUUGAGUUUGUUCCACACAGCAAGAUGUGGAAAAGACUGCGGUCCUUCACUACAUGGUUGGGUAAAUAUCUACUUUGUAGACCCAACUAUCUCCCCUUGGGGUGGGGGGAUCCCAAAGUCCUUAGACUUGUGGUAAAAGUUCAUUUCAGCCUCAGGUCCAAGCCAUGUUGUCCAAUCCAGCUCUAUCAGCUAUAAAGCUGGUAUCUAUUUUUAUUUUUUACAAUUUUAAUAUGUGGUUUUUUUUUUUUUUAGAAAAAUAACACAUGACUGUGGUAAAAGUCAAACAGUACAAAAGGGUAUACAAUAAAAAGUAAAUCGCUUUUCCUCCUUCUCACCCCUGGCCUCAGUUCCCCGCUGGUCCUAUUUUCAAAAAGUAACCACUGUUACCAGUUACUUAUGUAUCCUUCCAGAGAUAUUCCAUGUAUUUACAAGCAUAUUGUGUGUGGGUGUGUGUGUAUCAGGUUUUUUUUUUUUUUACACAAAUGGUGGCAUACUAUACAUGCUGUUCUGAAUCUUGCUUUUUUCACUGAACAAUAUAUUAAAGCUGAUAUCUUAAUCCCUA